AUGUGUUUAUAUAAAUACCUCCCCCCUCUCCUGCCUGAACCUCCCGAAUCACCCCCCGAAACUAUACCUCCCCCUCCCCUGCCUGAAUGCCCUCCACCACCACCACCACCACCACCUCGACCUCCAAAACCUCCACCACAACCACCUAGUCCUCUCCCUCUAGAACUCAAACUGGCCCUUAAAGUAAUCCAAAGGUUCAGAAAAACAAUAACUUAUGACCCCUUGCACAUUAUUGAUACCUGGAAGGGCAACAAUCUUUGUAGAGACGACAAGGGCAUCUUGUGUGAUACUACAAUCAAUGAUAACAAGCAUAGAGUUGCAAGUAUCAAUUUCAACAAGAACAGUGCCGCAAUUAAAUAG